AUGAAUAUUCCAAUCAAUAAUCAGAUAGAUCCAUUAGCUCGACUGCAAACUUGGCGUGAUAAAAAAUAUCGUGAAAUUGAUGAAGAAUACAAUCGUAAAGUCAAUCAACUACGUAAUGAAAGUGAUGAUGUAUCCAUUGAUCAGAUUCAACAAUUACAAAAACAAAUUGACAUUCUCAAAAAUCAAAUAGAUGAACCAAAAGAAAUUAUAAAUGAAUGGGAUAUGUUCAGUAUUUAG